UCGAGAAUACAGAGGUCGCUAUGUUAUGUUUAUAUUUUUUUCUUAACAUAUAAGCUUGUCAUUAUUGUCUAGUUUUAUCAUCAGAUAAGAGAACCUGUCAUAACAUGAAUCAGUAAAAUGUCAAAUUUGGAAAUUGGACCGGUUCUCAUUUGCACUGAAGUAAAAAAUUUAAUAAGCGUAGUAGUUUUUUAAAAGACUAGAAGACUUUGACAUUUACGUAUUAUUUAUGUAUAAGUUGACUGUUGUAUUGAUUCUAUAAUAGCAAAAACAUGUCGAAAAUAACUACAAUUAGAGCUGUGAAUAAAUCGGUUGACAGUGGAAAAGAAGAGCUUGUAAUUUCUACAGAGUGGAGUGACGAUAAAGUGAAGAUUAUAAUUCUUAGAGACUCAAAUACGCCAUUGGUUGGUGAGGCCCAAUUUGAUGAUUUCAUGAAAUAUGCUAAAUCGUUUGACAAACCUUUAGAACAAUACAUAGAUGAGUUAAAGAAUUAUCUGUCCCACAAAAAUGUUGAUGUAGAAUUCUAUCUAAAAGAUGAGAAAUUUUUCUGGAAAAAGAAGAAAUGGGCUCUUGGCCAAAUCACUGUGAAAGCAGUCACAGAUGCAGGAGUAAUUGCAGCAUAUACAAUGCGCCUAGGAGAGGACUAUGCUAGUAGCAAGGUUAAUGAAUCAAGGCUUGAAAAAGAUAAUGAGGAUUUGAGGAAUGCAAAUUCAGAACUUAUUGAUCAAUUGAAUGUAAUGGUAACUCUAAAGAACAAGGUUGAAACAGCAUUAUAUAAAAAAUGUACUUUGCUAAUAAAUACAAAGAAAGAAAAAAUUCGACAAUUAAAAAGUAAAGUAAAGGUGAUGAAUUCGAACAAUAGAGUAUAUGAUGCUCCUACUGAUGAAAGUGAGGAUGAGUUGGAACCAUGUACAGAUUCCAAAAGUGACUCAAUAAAUCGCCCUUAUAAACGAUUGCUUGAUGAAAAUAUUGAUACUAAGGAAGAGAAGAGAAUAAAGACUAAAUCAAAUGUUGAGUACGAGAAAUCAAAAAACAAGAUUGACAAAAUUGCAUCCACUAGCAAAGAAGAAACAUCCCUUCAUGAGGAUGAAGAGACGCCGGAUUUCAUUUCAGAUGAAAGUCUAUGUGAAAUGGAGUUAAAACUUGAGGAUGAGAGAGUUGAAGAAGCUGUAAUAAAUCAGGAACAAUCGUCAGAAGAAAUGUUUUGAAAACUUUUCUUUGGAAUUAGUUAUUAUAAGAACAGUAUAUGAAAACGUUUUAUAAUCCAAUUUUAAUUUAUUUGUUUAUUACGUAGAUGACGUGAGUUUAUUUAUUAUUUGACAAAUAGCUUUAAAUUUUAUAUAAUUUUGAUACUAACAAAGAGUAUCAAUAAAUAAUUUUUCUUAACCAUGGCAAAAAAUAUUGGCUUUUAUUUUUGAUGUAUGGAUUGAGAAAUUUAGAUAUAUAUUUAAAAUCAAUCAAAUCGCAUUUCAAAUUAACAUAUAUAAAAAACACAUUACUAUUGUAUAAAUAGAAAAUCUAUACAUACAUAAAAUAUUUUUAUCUUACACUGAAUAUGUCUACUAUUAUUUACAAUUCAAACAAUUUAUUAUUUAUUAUCGUUUACUGCGUUAGAUUUUCUGUGGUAGGGUAUGAUUCUUCUUUAGACACUUCUUUAGAAUUUUUUACUCUUUUCAGAGCCAAUCUCUUUGAAUAGCCUAAACAGAAUAAUAGGUACCAAUUCAAUAAUAAUUUUAUAACAUUAAAUAGGAAAAAUUUCACAGUUUGAAAGUUGUAACUUACGGAUUGACGAAGUUUGAGAAACCUGAGUAAUGUUUUCUAGUGAAUCUAAUCGAUUUUCAAUACGUUGUAAUAGUUUGAAAUUCUCAAAGUGAUUAUCCCUAUGAGAACAAUAGCUGUAAAAAAGACUAAAAAUGCAUAUCGCGAUAGCUGCCUUUCUGACAAGCCAAAUAGAGUAUACUAAAUUAACUUUAUCCUCAUUAAUAUGAUCUGGAAUGUUAUUGUAAUAUUGAACUAACAUUCUUUCUAUAAUUACAUUUAGACUUUGAGUCGUAAAUAAAAUUAUCCUAGAAUUUGCAGUUUUCUUAGAAGCACUAAAUAAUGCAGACAAUAUACAUGCAACUGUAUAAUAAAUUAUUGAUUGGAACCAUGAUACUUCACUAAUAAUCCAAUUCUGAAAUGUCCUUAAAUAAGCAAAUAUCUGAAAAAGUAAUUCCUUUUGAUCUUUAACAGAUUCUCUGUAAUCAAGACAAAGUAUUCAAUUAAUGAUUUAUCAGUUAACUUUUAGGUAAUCUAUACAUACUGUAUAUUUAAAAUAGCAUACUUGAAACUAUGAACCAUAUUUGUUACAGAUUCAUAUGAACUCUGUAUAACAUUUUCUAAUUCUUUUCCAUGAUCUAAAAGUUGAUUUUGAAUUUUCAGUCCUUCUUUUUGACUCUCUAACAUUGCACCUUGUACAUGUGAUGCUUCUAAGAGUUGUUCUUUCAUAAGCGAUGAUGCUUCGUAUAGACUAAAAAUAAAUAAUAGUUUAGUUUUUGAAAUGUUAAUCAUAAAAAAUAGUAUUUUACACUGACUGCUUUAUUGUAUCGUGAGUUUCUGCCUGCCAAAUUUCAUGAUUCAAAAAGAAACACAUAUGCGAUGCAUAAAUAUAAAAUUCAUUAUACACUCCAAAAGCUCUAUCCGACAUUUGAUUGAUACAUUGUCUAUAACAACAUAAGAUUAUUGUAUUAUUGUUAUUUUUUAAUUAUUGUAUUAUCUUUGACAUAAUAUGAAUUCAUCAUAUACCUUCGAUCUCUUUCAUUAUCUCUUGAAUGACAAGAAUAAGUCAUGUGACCAGAAUCUUCUAAAAAACAAUUUGCUAAGUAUAGAGCUAAGAUUGAGUGCUCAUUGUCAUUGAGUUUAUCACAACUGCUUUUCACUUCUUUAAGAGCAUUGUGCCAGCAUGCUCCAUGAUAAGGUAAAGUUGAUUUUUCUAAUAAAAAGAAAGAGUAUAAUUA